GUAUCACACUUUCGCAUCUGCUGAGUCUGAAAUUAAUUAAAACCUAACAAAGAUAAUCUGACUCAAAGUCAGACAAUAACGAGUCUGUGUUUACAUACAAAUCUAUAAUAAUGAGUAAUAAAAUGCAGUUGACUUCAUCACAUACAUUAUUACGUACUUAUUUUUAAAAAACCUUUGAGCGAUCCAAUAUCGUGACUUUUCAAAAACUCGCACCUGUAUUAUAACUUUUAAAACCAGUCUCUGAUAAAAAAUGUAUAGAUGAGAAGUUAGAUUGAAGUUCACUCAAAAAAUGACGGCUGAAAUCAUAAAUACCGUAUGUGUUGCACCAAUGGAGUACUGAGGCAGCACCGUGCACUACUGAUUUCCAUGUUUUAACACGUUUUGACACGGUUACGCCCGGUUAUGUUUACGUUUUCAUUAGUUAACCGGGUCAAGCUCUCUUUGGAGUAUUCAUAAGUUUUUUAAAUAAUAAUUUUACCUAAACAUAAUUUGCAUCAUAAGUUUCUUUCAAACAUGUCAGAAGACAAAGCCAUAUUCCAGGAAUUCAAAUUAGAUCCUGAUAAUGAGCUACGUUUUGAAGUAGAGGAUAAAGAUGAAAAAGUAACUUUAGAGUUGAAAAGUGGUCUUGCAGAAGUUUUUGGAACAGAACUGGUAAAAGGCAAAAAGUAUGAAUUUACUUGUGGAUCCAAAAUUGCCGUUUAUACUUGGCAAGGUUGCGUAGUUGAAUUAGGAGGUAAAACAGGAGUGAGUUAUGUGUCCAAAGAAACUCCCAUGAGUUUAUAUCUGAAUUGUCAUGCAGCAAUGGAAAGAUUAAGAGAAACAGCUGAAAAAAAUGAUUCUAGAGGACCUAUCUUAAUGGUUGUUGGUCCUUGUGAUGUAGGCAAAUCAACAUUGUGUAGACUUUUAUUAAAUUAUGCUGUAAGAAUGGGAAGGCGACCUAUUUAUGUGGAUUUAGAUGUAGGACAAGGACAUAUUGCUAUACCAGGAACAGUUGGAGCUUUACUUGUUGAAAGACAAUCUAAUGUUGUUGAUGGAUUUAAUCAACAAGCACCAUUAGUAUUUCAUUAUGGACAUAAAUCACCACAAACAAAUAUAGUUUUGUAUAAUCUUCUUGUAACACGAUUAGCUGAAGUUUGCUCAGGUAGAUUACAAGGAAACAAAAAAGCUAAAGCUUCAGGCAUAGUUAUUAAUACUUGUGGAUGGGUUAAAGGUGGUGGUUACAAAAUUUUGACUCAUGCUGCUCAAGCAUUUGAAGUUGAUUCAAUUCUAGUUUUAGAUCAAGAAAGACUUUACAAUGAUUUAGCUAGAGAUAUGCCAGAUUUUGUAAAAGUGGUAUUUCUUCCAAAAAGUGGUGGUAUCGUUGAAAGAUCUCAAGCCGAAAGAAAAGAUAGCCGUGAGCAAUCCAUUAGAGAAUAUUUUUAUGGUUCUAGAACUCCAUUAUAUCCUCACAAUUUUGAAGUGAAGUGGAGUGAGGCAAAAUUAUUCAAAAUUGGGGCACCAAUUGUACCAACAUCGUGUCUUCCAUUAGGUAUGAAGACUGAAGACAAUGUAACAAAAUUAAUUCCAGUAACUCCAGGGCCUGGAUUAUUACAUCACAUACUAUCAGUAUCAUUUGCUGAUUCUCCAGAAGAUGAUGUAGUACAAACAAAUGUUGCAGGAUUUGUGUGUGUAACUAACGUUGAUGUUGAUCGUCAAACUUUUACUAUACUCAGUCCUCAGUCUAGACCAUUACCGAAUCAUAUUUUAUUACUUAGUGAAAUACAAUUUAUUGAUACUCUAUAAUUAGUAGAUUACUGCAUAUUCAUUAAUAUAUUCACUAUUUUUACAAUAAAACAGUUUUUGAAAUUUUUUGA